UCAACAAUACCCACCCAAACCCCCUCUCGCAGGAGCCAUCGCCCCUUUGCUAUACCAUAAAGACGCAACAUGUUGCUCGAGUCAAUUAAUAAUGUGUCUAGACUGUUUUAAUAUAAUAUUCCUUUUAAUAUGUCGCAACAACAGGCCUUGAGUGAUGAACGAUAUGCCCAAGUACACAGGAUUGAGAGCCAUGGUCCGCCGAUCAAGUCAGAAAGCGAGAGCCCUGACCUAGGAGCCAGACAGUUCCAGCCCAACGUCGGAUCACCACAGUAUCGCAGCUAUGAGGACUCUUAUUCACCUCCUGCGCAGGUCGGGUGGUACCCAGCGGUUCUUCUACCUUCAGAACUUCGCAAAUAUCACCAACCGCCCACUUACCUGUUCUCCGAAAUCAUUCCUAUCGCGGACCCUUCAUCUUUCCAUGAUCUUCCUGCGGAAUACACGCACAUCCUGCCGAUGACUACCCUAGUCGAGCCGAGAUUUGCUGCUCGUGCAAAUGAGCUCAUCAAUCAAAGACUUAAUCGCCAGCCGGGUGGCACUUCAGUCGUUGAUCCAGACUCAAUCCUGGGCGAGUCGGGUCGCCUGUAUCAUGGUUACAAGGACGGAAAAUAUUAUUUACCUAACGACGCUGCUGAGCAAGAACGUCUCGAUUUGCAGCAUGAGAUGUACCGGCUACUAUUCGACGGCUGGCUGGCUCUUGCCCCCAUGUCAAGGCCUCCGAGAUAUGUGCUUGAUAUUGGAACAGGAACAGGAUUAUGGGCAAGAGACUUUGCGGAACAGAACCCAUCGUCUUAUGUCAUUGGUAGCGACCUGAGCGUUAUCCAGCCAGAUACGACGUUGUCCAAUCUUGUGUGGUCAAAGGACGAUGCUGAGGAUGCGUGGCUAUUUCCACUGCCCACGUCGCAUCUCGUGUCGGAGCAUCUCAGAGAUUCGAACGUGCAAGCACACCUGAUACAAUUCGAUUAUAUCCACCUUCGACUCGUUUUUACUUGCUUCAAUAGCCCACAGACUGUCAUCAAGCACGCUUUUGAUAACCUCAGUCCAGGUGGACUGUUGGAGUUCCAGGACCUUUCUCCUGAAAUCUAUCAGAAUAAUCCAGCGUUCGAAGGGGAUGCACUACAGCGUUGGUCGGAAGCAUGUAGUCGCGGAGCAAUGAGCGUCGGCCGCGAUCUUCAUGUGGCAGAGAAAUACAAACAAUGGCUCGAAGAAGCCGGUUUUGUCGAGGUCGUGGAGACUCGAUUCGUGCUGCCAUGUCACCAGUGGAUGAAAGACCCCAAGUUCAAGCAAAUCGGUGCUUUCAAUCAGCAAAACUUCACAGAGGGCGUCCGCGGAGGCGGAUGGAAGAUGCUGAAGGCAUCGGGCAUGACGACGGAAGAGAUCGAGCUCCUCAUAUCUCAGGUGAAAACCGAGCUGAGGAUCAGAAAAAACCAUAUAUACGGCUAUGUUUAUGUUGUGUAUGGACGCAAACCUCACCCCAGCGAACUGCACGCCUCUGCUUCAUCAGUGCCGGCGCGCAGUUGAUCUAGUUCUAGACAGUGCUGAGUUCUUCUCGAAAACGAAGCUCGACUAUAGCGAAUUAUUCGCGAAAAGUCAGAUGAUCAUGCACUGUCAUGGCGCAAGAACAUGCGUGGAUCUGGAUGAUGUGUUAUGGUGGAACCUAUGACUUGUGUUUUAUAUGAUAGCUGCAUCUUUAAUUUCGCGCGGAAGUUAUACAUGUGUGUUAAAAUUGAUCUCGAAGAAUAAUACUGUGUGUGAGAACCUUGAAAGAUAUGGGGAAGCGGAAGUGGCAGGGGUGGAUACUUGAUUAAAAGAUUGUAGUAUGCUGAAUGCGAUUGCACCUGUUUCUCACACUGCGAAGCUGAAUAGUUAAUAUACCAA